UAAGUUGCGCUGUCUUGCUCGUCCUUUAUGCUUCCGUUUAAGAUUAACUCCGAAAUUGUAGAGAGAGAGCGUUUUUGUGUUGUGUGUGUUUUCUUCUGUCACAACGUAAUACUAUUAUUAUUGUUGUUUGGGACACAACAACUCAGAGAGUUCUUGCAAAUUUGCAAUCUCUCUCUCUCUCUCUCUCUAUCCCCUUUCUGCCGACGAUUUUGUUUGUCCCCUUUGGAUCAGAUUUCGGAUUUGAUUUAGCUCUGCUGUAUCUCUUUGGUUUGGAUCUUCUGGCUGUUUUCUGUGAUUCCAAUGACAGAGUUUCAUUCAAUGUGUUUUGAUUGUUUCAAGUUUGACAUGCCACAAGUUCGUGCCCUUGGUGUUGGUUUGUAGCUUUUGCUGAAUUCCAGCAAUAAUGAAGAAGGUUAUUGGUCAAACUGUUAGGGACCUUAAAAGAGAAGUAAAUAAGAAAGUGCUGAAAGUUCCUGGGAUUGAACAGAAGGUUCUUGAUGCUACCAGCAAUGAACCAUGGGGUCCUCAUGGAUCACUUCUUGCAGAUAUUGCUCAGGCAACCAGAAACCCUCAUGAAUACCAGAUGAUCAUGUCAGUAAUCUGGAAGCGAAUUAAUGACACUGGCAAGAAUUGGCGACAUGUCUACAAGGCUUUGACAGUACUAGAGUACUUGGUGGCUCAUGGGUCAGAGCGAGUCAUAGAUGAGAUCAGAGAACAUGCUUACCAAAUAUCAACAUUGUCCGAUUUUCAAUAUAUUGAUUCCAGUGGAAGAGAUCAAGGAAACAAUGUCAGGAAGAAAUCUCAAAGUCUGGUUGUCCUUGUGAAUGAUAAAGAAAGAAUCAUAGAAGUUAGGCAGAAGGCUGCUGCUAACAGGGACAAGUUUCGCAACAGUACAGCAGGUGGAAUGUAUAGACCUGGUUCAUAUUCAAGCAGUGGAGCCUAUGGUGACAGAUAUGAUGAUGAUCGUUAUGGAAGCAGGGAAGAAGAUAGAAAUGGCUAUGGUUAUGGAAAGGAAAGAGAAUGGGGCAAUAGAGAUGAUGAUCGACAUGGUCGUGAUGGAGAUCGUUAUGGCAGAGAUUAUGAGGAUCGUUAUGGCAGGGAUGGAUACAGAGAUGACGACUACAGGGGAAGAAGUCGAAGUGUUGAUUACCAAUAUGACACAAGAAGCAGGAGCUCUGAUAGAGAUCGUUAUGAUGAUGAUGGACAACACUCAUCUCGUGGAAGCAAUGCUAAAGCUGAAGACCAAUCUCUGGAAGCAAGGCUUGAGCGGAAACUUUCUGAGCAAAAUAUGGGUGCUCCUCCUAGCUAUGAAGAAGCUGUCAGUGAAUCUCGCAGCCCUGUACACAGUGAAAGAGAUGUGGAAACUUCAGCAGCACCUGCUCCUAGAGACUCCUCUCCUCAUGUAAAUGAUAAUCCUAGUCAAACCUCUGCUCCUACGGGAUCUUUUCCUGUAAACAAUAAUCCAACCGAAGCAACUACUGCUGCCAGUACUGCUGCAUCUGGAGCUCAGGAAACUGAGGCGACUGAUGAUUUUUUUGACCCACGUGGUCCUGCAUCAGCUGCCCCAGCCACCACUAGUAACGUUGAAAUGGACUUGCUCGGCUCCCUCUCAGACUCGUCCUCUUCAAAUGCAUUAUCUCUUGUACCAGCUGCAUCAGCAACUGCAGCCCCUGAUGCAAAUGCUGGAUCAACAGCUUCCUUUGCAGCACCACCAUCUGGGUCCAAUAAUUUUGAUCAGUCUUUUGAAGAUCCAUUUGGUGACUCGCCAUUCAAGGCUUUUACUUCUACUGAAACUGCUCCAUCUCAACCCCAGACAUAUCAGAGUAUUGAGCCAUCCCAAUCAAAUGGCCUUAAUGCAGAAACAAACUCUAACUUUGGGUUUGGGGAUUCAUUUUCUGUUGUACCAUACUCUGCACCUGUUUCCUCUGACGCUCAACCUUUCUCUACAAACUCUCAGUUUCCGUCUCAAGAUAUGUCAUCUUCACAGCCAGAAACAGAUAUUCUUGCAGACAUUCUUCCUCAUGCACCAUUAUCUGAGAUGCAUUCACAGCAGAACAUUCCAGUUCCUACAGAUCAAUUUUCUCAACAACCCUUUUCUGCUCCUAAUGGCCAACCAGGACAAGUACAAUCAUCCUUUUCAUCUCCCUCCAGUCAAUAUGCACAACCACCCUUUUCAUCUCAUGCUGGUCAACCUAGCUUGCAUGCAUUUUCAUCUCCUACUGGCCAACAUUUGCAGUCGCCUUUUGCUUCUCAAGGUGGCCAACCUGCACAAUCAGGUGGUAUGUAUGGUGGAUUGCACUCCCAGGGUGGAUAUCCAACCAUGUCUCCUCAAUCCCAAAAUGGAUAUAAUGGGCAUAUGAAUAGUGGGAACUUUGGAUCGACGGCAGCUUUUCCAUCACACAUGGCUCCCCAAGCUCCAACAGGACAGCUGCCACAGGGCACCAACUUCCCCCAUCAUGGAGGAUCUACUGCUCACACUGCUCCGCAUUUGUCUUCUUAUUCUCCAACUCAUCAAGCAUCACAGUUUAACAGCCAGAGCUUUAUUGGACAACAAGGGAAUGCAGCCCCCUAUAGCUCACCAAUUACCAAUCAACCAUUUGCUUCUAAUGCUUCACAAUCCAAUUCUUUAGUUUCUCAACCAUCCAAGGACAAGUUUGAGACUAAAUCAACAGUUUGGGCAGAUACACUAAGCAGGGGAUUGGUUAAUUUGAAUAUAUCUGGACCUAAAACAAAUCCAUUAGCAGAUAUUGGGGUUGACUUUGAAGCCAUUAAUAGGAAGGAAAAGAGAAUGGAGAAGCCCACUACCACAGCUGUAACAUCAACUGUAACUAUGGGUAAAGCUAUGGGAUCGGGUUCAGGUAUGGGUCGGUCUGGUGCUGGUUCUCUAAGGCCUCCUCAAAACCCAAUGAUGGGUUCUGGCAUGGGCAAUGGUCCUGGUGUUGGUAUGGGUAUGGGAGGCUAUGGAGGAGGCAUGAAUGCAUCAAUGGGUAUGGGAAUGGGGGGAAUGGGUAUGGGACAAGGAUACCAGAUGCAACCCCCAACUGGAUUGCCUCCUGGCUCCAACAUGCCAGGUAAUUAUAAUAACUCCAUGAUGGGUUCAGGUAGUUAUGGUCAGCAGCCAUAUGGUAGUUAUGGUCAGCAACCAUAUGGCGGCUACCGAUGAGAUAGAACAUUAUGCCUAGAUAGCAAGGUGAAGUACAUUACUGAUUGUUUUGCUACAAGUUGAGAAAGAGAAAUGCCAAUACAGUGCUACUAGUAGUAGUCUGUAUUUUGAAUUUAUAGCGGUGUAUCAUUAAAGCUGCAGUUUGCUGUAAAGUGACCCAGUGUGAUGUAUGUGUAUUUCUUGUUAUAAAUAUGCUGUUACCAUUCUUUUUGGGUCACCCUUUCUGUAGGUGCUUUGAGCAUCAAUGUUGUGUACCAGUGACUGGAUAUAAUAACCUUGCUUGGGUUAUUGCUUUCUUUGCUUGUUCCUCAUUUUUUUAACACCAACAGGUGGUUUGAUAUUAAUAUAAUUUUUCCAUUGUACUUUUA